AAGCAUCUCUCUUCCCUCAACAUUCUAUUUCUGCUUGUAAUGGUGGUUAAUUUCAGUGACUUGACCUUCCUCCUUUUUUUUUUUUACUUGUGAAACAGAAAGCUUCGAUAUUGAGAAGAUGAAGUGGUUUCUGGUUAUGCUCAUCAUCUGCGAUGCAGUUCUUUUACAAGGACUCGCCAAAGUUGUCUCCACGAGACCCCAAAUUGUGAACAUCGGCGCGGUUUUCACAUUUAAUUCUCUCAUCGGUAAAGUCAUCAAAGUUGCUAUGGAUGCUGCUGUUGAAGACGUCAAUGCUAGCCCCAACAUUCUUAACACCACUACACUUAGGAUCAUCAUGCAUGACACCAAAUUCAAUGGAUUCAUGAGCAUCAUGGAACCUCUACAGUUCAUGGAGUCUGAGACAGUGGCCAUAAUUGGCCCUCAGAGAUCUACGACCGCCCGUGUAGUAGCUCAUGUUGCAACAGAACUAAAAAUUCCUAUACUAUCCUUCUCUGCCACAGACCCUACUAUGUCUCCUCUGCAGUUCCCUUUCUUCAUCAGAACUUCACAAAAUGAUCUCUUCCAGAUGGCCGCCAUAGCAGACAUUGUUCAAUUCUAUGGUUGGAGAGAGGUGGUAGCAAUAUACGGCGAUGAUGAUUAUGGCCGAAAUGGGGUAGCUGCCUUGGGAGAUAGGUUAGCGGAGAAGCGCUGCAGAAUCUCAUACAAAGCAGCUUUACCCCCCGCACCUACCAGAGAGAACAUUACAGAUUUGCUGAUUAAGGUAGCUUUGAGUGAGUCAAGGAUCAUUGUCGUUCACGCUUCUUUCAUCUGGGGCCUAGAGUUGUUCAGUGUGGCUCGGAAUCUUGGUAUGAUGAGCACUGGUUACGUGUGGAUUGCUACCAACUGGCUUUCUACAAUCAUAGACACAGACUCUCCUUUGCCAUUAGACACCAUAAAUAACAUUCAAGGGGUCAUUACACUGCGCCUGCACACUCCCAACUUUAUCAUGAAGCAGAACUUCGUUCAAAGGUGGCAUAACUUAACUCGUGUUGGACUGAGCACUUAUGGACUGUAUGCUUAUGACACUGUCUGGCUGCUUGCUCACGCGAUUGAUGAUUUCUUCCAAAAAGGUGGAAACGUUUCCUUUUCGAAGAAUCCGAUUUUAUCUGAGCUUGGGGGUGGAAACUUGCACCUUGAUGCUCUGAAAGUCUUUGAUGGAGGCAAGAUAUUUCUUGAGAGCAUCUUACAGGUUGAUAGAAUCGGCUUAACCGGUAGGAUGAAGUUUACCAGAGACAGAAACCUUGUAAAUCCAGCAUUUGAUGUGCUUAAUGUCAUUGGCACUGGUUACACGACCAUCGGUUACUGGUAUAAUCAUUCAGGCUUGUCUGUGAUGCCGGUUGACGAGCUGAAGAACACAUCUUUUCCGGGACAGAAGCUUCAUAGUGUUGUCUGGCCAGGACACUCAAUAAAGAUACCACGUGGAUGGGUGUUCUCUAACAAUGGAAGGCAUUUGAGGAUUGGAGUUCCAAAUCGUUACAGGUUCGAAGAGGUAGUCUCAGUUAAAAGCAAUGGGAUGAUCACUGGCUUCUGUGUGGAUGUCUUCAUUGCCGCUAUUAACUUAUUACCUUACGCAGUCCCAUUUGAGCUUGUAGCUUUUGGGAAUGGUCAUGACAAUCCAAGUAACUCUGAGCUUGUGCGCUUGAUAACGACUGGGGUCUACGAUGCGGGUGUUGGUGAUAUCACCAUCAUAACAGAGAGAACCAAAAUGGCAGAUUUUACUCAGCCGUAUGUGGAGUCAGGGCUAGUGGUGGUGGCUCCUGUUCGGAAGUUGGGUUCCAGUGCUAUGGCGUUCUUGAGGCCAUUCACACCCCAGAUGUGGCUUAUUGCAGCUGCGUCUUUCCUCAUAGUCGGUGCUGUCAUUUGGUGUCUGGAGCACAAACACAAUGACGAGUUUCGAGGCCCUCCUCGUAGACAAGUGAUCACUACUUUCUGGUUCAGCUUUUCAACUCUUUUCUUCUCGCAUAGAGAGACUACCACCAGCAACCUUGGAAGAAUAGUGCUGAUAAUAUGGCUAUUCGUAGUUCUCAUAAUUAACUCAAGUUAUACCGCAAGCCUCACGUCAAUCCUCACAGUUCAUCAGCUGUCUUCGCCAAUUAAAGGCAUAGAAACUUUGCAAAUAAACCAUGAUCCUAUUGGGUAUCCACAAGGCUCCUUUGUCAGAGACUAUCUGGUCCACGAACUCAAUAUCCAUGUUUCAAGACUUGUCCCCCUUCGGUCUCCAGAGGAAUAUGAUAAGGCCUUGAGAGAUGGUCCCGGGAAAGGUGGUGUUGCUGCUGUUGUUGAUGAACGUGCUUACAUAGAGCUUUUUCUCUCAAACAGAUGUGAGUUCGGCAUAGUUGGUCAAGAGUUCACGAAAAACGGAUGGGGAUUUGCAUUUCCACGUAACUCGCCUUUGGCUGUGGACGUCUCCGCUGCAAUUUUGCAGCUAUCAGAAAAUGGAGAUAUGCAGAGGAUUCGGGACAAAUGGUUGCUUAGAAAAGCAUGCUCUCUGCAAGGCGCAGAGAUAGAAGUGGAUAGGCUGGAGCUUAAGAGCUUUUGGGGGUUGUUUGUGGUGUGUGGAGUGGCAUGUGUUCUUGCUCUUGCAGUGUAUAUAGUGUUGAUGAUACGUCAGUUCGGACGACAAUGCCCUGAAGAAGCAGAGGGGUCGAUCAGGAGAAGAAGCUCACCAUCCGCGCGUAUCCAUUCCUUUCUCUCCUUUGUGAAAGAGAAAGAAGAAGACGCCAAGGCUCGGUCCUCUAGGGAAAGGCAGCUUGAAGAUAUCUCUGCUAAUGGUUCAAGUCGUUGCAACUAAAGUAUUUCAGAAAAUUAAUUGCACCAGAGAGACCUCAUAAUGGCUCUAGUAUGUACUAAUCCCUCUUUGUUGCUACACUUGAGAUCAAACACUGUUUGUAUUUAAUCUCAUGGUGAUUUGACUUGUACAACAAAAAAUAAAAAUUUGGUUAAUGU